AUGACUGCCGCUGACGUAGACUCACAAACUGCGGAUCUGAGUUUCAACCCCAUCAAGCUGCCUGACCAUACAAAGGUGAUUUGGCCCUCGCACCUGAAAAACCUCUCACUGAGUGGGAACCUCCUUGGGAAUCACCUGUUUGAUCAUCUCUCUCCACACUUUGUCAGCCUCAACCUGACCCACACCGAUAUCACAAGUGUGAACACAGAUGCUCUCCAGCCCAUGAAGGACCUCAAGCAGCUCCACAUGGGCUCCAACGCAAUUCGAGAACUUCCCCCUGACCUCAUGUUACCGGCCCUAGAGGAGCUGCAUGUGGACCGCAACAGUAUCAGCAUAUUUAAGCUUGAGACUUUCAGAGGACUGCCGAAGCUGAAAAAACUUAAUGGUGCAAACAAUCCAUUUGUUUGUGACUGUAACCUCUACCGGUUCGUGCGUGACUUUAAUAAAACAUUGCUGGUAGAUUGGCCACUGCAGUAUAAUUGCUACUCCUCCACAUACCUUAGCGGAACACUGCUCAAGGAUUUUCCUCCCUGUCAAGUGGCUUGUGACCCACCGUUCAUGUUUGCCAUUUGUUUUACUGUAGUCUUGAUGGUAUUGAUUUCUUGUGGAAUUGUGUUUCAUUUCAUGGAUGGAGCCUGGUACGUAAAGAUGCUAUGGAUCUGGCUAAGAGUUAAACAGAGGAGUCGGAAUAAAGACAGGCGGCUGGAAAGUUCCACUUUCAAUUAUCUCGCAUUCAUAUCCUUCAGUGUAAAUGAUGCACAGUGGGUUCAGUCCGAAUUGGCGCCCCAUCUGGAGGCUUCAAAUUUCCAACUGUGCCUCCAUGAGCGAGAUUUUGUCCCGGGCGAAUGGGUCAUUGACAACAUCAUCAACUGUGUGGAGAGCAGCUACAAGACAGUGUUUGUACUGUCACAGAGCUUCGUCCACAGCGAAUGGUGCAACGAGCUGUUCUUUGCACAGCACCGGGCCAUCGAUGUUCAAAGGGACUCCCUAGUGUUAAUUCUGCUGGAGCCCAUCCCGCCAGACUCUCUUUCCACAAAUUUCCUGCGCUGGCGAUCCUUGCUCAGGCAACAGACUUACUUGCCGUGGCCCCAAGAGGAGCCUAAAUGGCAGCUGUUCUGGGCCAGUUUGACAGCCAUGUUGAGGACUGGAGAUAAGAGUGUGGCAGGAGACAUAGCAGAUCUGUGCCAUAAUGAAAGUAUGCAGAUCAUGAUCAGUUAUUGA